AUGGCUUCGAGCUUGGUGAGCUACCAGAUUACCCACGACAACAUCGCCUUGCUGCGCCUGUUGGGGACAGGGAAACACCUCCUCAGCCUGGCCCUCAUCAACGAUUUCAAUAAAGCAGUCAGGAGGGCCGUCGAUGACAAUGUGGUCGGCCUCAUAACCGUCCACAGCGGCAACUCGUUCUCGGGCGGCCUCGACUACAAUUCGGCCCCCGAGGCGGUGUUGGUGGGGGCGUUUGCGAGCCUGAUCGCAAGCCUCAUCAAGCUGCCAUUCCCGACGGUGGCCAAGGUGACGGGCCAAGCGUACGGGGCAGGAUUCACGCUGGCGCUCGCACAUGACUACUUGGUGCUAUCGACCGACUCCACUGUUAGUCUGUGCCAAAACGAGCUGACUGAGGGCCACGAGGUGCCGUCGUUUGCUGCGGCGCUGCUGUUCGGCAAGUUCCCGCCGUCGGCUGCUUGGGAGCUGGCAGUGUCGACAGUGCCAGUUGCCCCCCCAAAUUACUCGCCCAUAUCUGACUACGUGGGGAAGUACGUAGGGUGGAGCAUAGAUGAUGUUGCGACAAAACUGCUGGAGCCAGCUGCUGGCCGCGUCGGCACCGCUUACAGUGCCGUACGGAAGAGUCUGCUGGCCGAGGUGUGGGCGCUGGUGAAGCCCACAGUAACUCAAGCCUAG